UCCUCUCCCUCUCUCCCGACUCCCUCUUCAGUUCUUCUUUCUAACUUUCUCACACAGCUCUCAGUUACUCUCUCUUGUGCGCCUCGUCUUCAAUCGAAAAGGCUUUGAGAUUAUGGCGACGUUCGAGCUGUAUCGGAGGUCGACGAUCGGGAUGUGCUUGACGGAGACGCUUGAUGAGAUGGUCUCUAACGGCAUCCUCAGCCCCGAGCUCGCUAUUCAAGUUCUGGUUCAAUUUGAUAAGUCAAUGACUGAAGCUCUUGAAUCUCAAGUGAAGAGCAAAGUUUCAAUUAAGGGACAUCUCCACACCUAUAGAUUCUGUGACAAUGUUUGGACUUUCAUCUUACAAGAUGCUCAAUUCAAGAGUGAUGAAUGUCAAGAGACUGUCAGCCGUGUUAAGAUAGUGGCAUGUGACUCGAAGCUGCUCACACAGUGAGAAAGCUGCAUACUGGGGCGAUAUGGAGUUGGCGGAAGAGAUAUGGAAGCUCAUUCAUGUAGUUGUAUUUGUAACUGAGGCGGAAACUGGAACUCUUAUUGUAUAAAUCCCGGAUCAUUGUAAACUGAGUGUUUCUUGACUACUUGACAUAUACAUAUUGGAUAGUCUUUUAUUCUUUCUUCAUUCUUGAGAAGGUGGUUCGAUUUCAUACCA